AUGAAGGCCCUCUCUGCCGUGCUGCUGCGGCGCAGAGCCGCGGCCUCUGCCGCGCCUCCCGCGACGACGUCGGGCGCCUGCGUGUCGUCCCUUCCCUCUGCGCAGGCCUUCAUCCCGCCAAACUCCGUGCGCGUCCUCGGUGCAGCUGCAGGCAGCUUCGCCGUGUCGGGAAACAGAAUGGAGAGCCGCCUGAACGGCUCACGCGGCCUGUACGCCUCGCUCACGCAGCGACGGGGCAUGUCUUCUGCGAAGAACAACCCCUUCUCCUACGUCGCCAAGACGCUCCCUGGAACUGAGAAAACGUACUACGACCUCGGAGCUCUGCAGGAUGAUCGCCUCAAGACUCUGCCGUAUUCGAUUCGCGUCCUGCUCGAAUCCGCUGUCCGCAACUGCGACGGAUUUAGCAUCCGCGAGGAAGAUGUACAGACCAUCUUGGACUGGGAGAAGUCGAGCAAGGCCCAGAAGGAGAUCCCCUUCAUGCCCGCGCGUGUCCUGCUGCAAGACUUCACGGGCGUGCCGGCAGUGGUUGACUUGGCGGCGAUGCGCGACGCAAUGGCGCGUCUCGGCGGCGCGCCGUCGUCAAUCAAUCCGCUAGUCGACGUCGAUCUCGUGAUUGAUCACUCAGUGCAGGUGGACUACUCGCGUUCGCCGCAGGCGUUCGAGAAGAACUUGGCGCGGGAGAUGGAGCGGAACUCGGAGCGCUUUUCCUUCCUGAAGUGGGGGUCGACUGCGUUUUCCAACAUGCUGAUUGUGCCGCCCGGGUCGGGCAUCGUGCACCAAGUCAACCUCGAGUACCUCGCGCGCGUCGUCAUGGAGAAGAACAUGCUCUACCCCGACUCGCUGGUGGGCACCGACUCGCACACGACGAUGAUCAACGGACUCGGAGUCGUCGCCUGGGGCGUGGGCGGCAUCGAGGCCGAGGCGGUGAUGCUGGGUCAGCAGAUCUCCAUGGUCCUCCCGCAGGUCAUCGGCUUUGAACUGACUGGCGAAAUGCCUCCCACCGUGACCGCCACCGACCUCGUCCUGACUGUGACUAACAUCCUUCGCAAGAAGGGCGUCGUCGGCAAAUUCGUCGAGUUCUACGGCCCCGGAGUGAAGACUCUCACGCUCGCGGACCGCGCCACCGUCGCCAACAUGGCUCCCGAAUACGGCGCGACCAUGGGUUUCUUCCCGGUCGAUGAGCAGACGCUCAAGUACCUGAAGCAGACGGGUCGCCCCGACACGAAGGUGGACUUGAUCAAGGCGUACACCCAGGCGAACCAUUUGUUUGCGGGCGAGGAGGCGCAGGCGGCGAUUCAGUUCUCUGACCGCGUGACGUUGAAUCUGUCGGAGCUGCAGCCGUGCGUCGCGGGGCCGAAGCGCCCACAGGACCGCGUGCCGCUGAACGACGUCGCUGAGGACUUCCAGGUGUCUCUGAGGAACCCCGUAGGCUUCAAGGGCUUUGGCUUGUCCGACGCGCAGGCGGAGAAGAAGGUUGAGAUGGCGUACCAGGGGAAGACCUACACGCUGACGAACGGCUCCGUCGUGAUUGCCGCCAUCACCAGCUGCACCAACACGUCGAACCCUGGCGUCAUUCUCGGUGCGGCGAUGUUGGCGCGGAACGCAGUCAAGAAGGGCCUCACGGUGCCGCCGUACAUCAUCACCACGCUUUCGCCCGGCUCGCGCGCCGUCACUGAAUAUCUCUCGCGGUCGGGCCUCCUGGUCGAUCUGGAGAAACUCGGAUUCUACACCGCCGGCUACGGCUGCAUGACCUGCAUCGGCAACACUGGCGACUUCGACCCCGAAGUCACCGAGGCCAUCAGCAAGGGCGACCUCGUCGUCGCCGCCGUCCUGUCAGGAAACCGGAACUUCGAGGGUCGCGUCCACCCGCUCACGCGCGCCAACUACCUCGCCUCACCGCCGCUCGUCGUCGCCUACGCACUCGCUGGCCGCGUCGACUUCGACUUCGAAAACCAACCCCUCGGAAGCGACAAGGAAGGAAACCCCGUCUUCCUCCGCGACAUCUGGCCGAGCAGAGACGAGAUUGCCAAGGUUGAGGCUGAGGCUCUUUCGGCGUCCGCGUUCGUAAAGAUCUACGACAACAUCACGCGAGGCACCCCCGCGUGGAACGACCUGAAGACUGCAGAGGCCACAGAUCUGUUCAGCUGGGAUGAGAAAUCCACCUACAUCCACAACCCGCCCUUCUUCCAGACGAUGGGCAAGGAGCCUAGCCCGAUUAAGGACAUCGAGGGCGCGUACUGCUUGCUGAACCUGGGCGACAGCAUCACCACGGACCACAUCUCGCCCGCGGGAAACAUCGCAGUCAACUCGCCAGCGGCGAAGUACCUCCAGUCCAAGGGCGUUGAGCGCAAGGACUUCAACACCUACGGCGCGCGCCGUGGCAACGACGAGAUCAUGGUUCGCGGCACGUUCGCCAACAUUCGCCUGGUGAACAAGCUCUGCCCGAAGGACGGCCCCAAGUCGAUCCACGUGCCCUCUGGCGAAGUUCUGCCGGUCUACGACGUUGCCAUGAAGUACAAGGCUGAGGGAAAGCCGAUGAUUGUCAUUGCCGGCAAGGAAUACGGAAGCGGAUCCUCGCGCGACUGGGCUGCAAAGGGCCCGUACCUGAUGGGCGUGAAGGCGAUUAUCGCAGAGUCCUUCGAGCGCAUCCACCGGACGAACUUGGUGGGCAUGGGCAUCGUGCCGCUCCAGUUCCAGGAGGGCGAGAAUGCCGAGACUUUGGGCCUGACCGGCAAGGAGCAGUUCUCGAUUUCGCUGAACAAUGGCGAGAUCGUGCCUGGCUCGCUCCUCAAGGUGAAGACGUCCGACGGCAAGGAGUUUGACGUUCGCUGCCGCAUCGACACCGAGCUCGAAGUCAAGUACUUCCAAAACGGCGGCAUCCUCCACUACGUCCUGCGCAACCUCGUGAACAAGCACUCCGAGGAGGGCAACAACUAG